CUCAACUGUCAUUCGCACCAAAAAUCAUGUCGACGUCGCCAACUUCGCCCACGUCCAACAAAACCAAGGAGAUCUUCCAGCGCUGGGACGUGCACGGCACAGGCGUCAUCACCCGGAAGCGCUUGACCGAGCUGCUGACGGCCGUGGCCGGGAAGAGCGUCACCGAAGAAGAAAUUGAGCGGUGUAUUGCAGAGGCCGACAAAAACAAGAAUGGCAUCAUCGAGUACAACGAAUUCAUCGAAUGGCUCCAACAGCCCAUGGGCACGGUGCGGAUGGGAAGUCAGGGUUUGGAAUACUUCGAUCUGGAGGCGUGUGUGCGGCCCCUCUAUGACGUCUACGACCAAGAUGGGGACGGCCUGGUUUCCAUGGAAGAAUUUAUCGGUUGCCAAACCAUCUUACAGAACUCGCUGGGACUGAAGAGUAAGGUCUCGCUUGAAGAGCAGUUCAAGAAGGAGUUUGGUAAAGAGGGAACCACAAGUGUUCCACUGCUGGAAGACGAUGCCAAGAGGGUCUUCGUUCAGGUGGACCAGGACAAGAGCCGCAGUAUCACCUUCAAGGAGUUCUUGGAGUGGCAACGAGAACAGCUGGUGGCUGCCAAGACGCCCAGCAAAGAAUUGGAAGAGCUGCUGCCUGCGCUGGCGCGACAGCUAAAGCGAGUCUUCAAGUUCGAAGAAGAGGAGGAGAUGAAUGCCUGCGACUCACGCGUCCUGCAACGGAUUGUGGACAACUUGGCGAAGUUCUGUGUGGAGAUCUGGUCUGAGAAGGAAGGCGAAAAGCAAAAGGCCAAACCCAUGUUGGCCCUGACCGGGAAGGCCCGGCACUACACCAACCGUUGGUCUGAGCCGCCUGUGGGCCUCAACACGAAGAAGUUGAAGGCCAAAUACUUGGCCACCGAGUCCUGCGUGGUAGCUGGCAAAAUCCAUGAGAACAUCGACUUGGAUCUCAUGGUGAUCCCUGAGCUCCUGGAAGGUGAGGAUGAGAGUCCGCGCAACCGUGUUUGGUUGGCACAGAUUAUCCAGAAGGUCACCAUGAAGGAUGGCAAAGUGAGGUCCGACGAUCCGGUUUACUACGAAUUCGUAUCCUUGUCCUGGAACAAGACAGUCGACGCGGUCGUCAAAUUUCACAAGUCUUACGAUGCAAUGCCUCCAGAAUUGCGGAUGUUUUCUCUCCUGAAGGCAGAAUGCGACUUUAGCAGCAGGCUCAAUUGGCCACAGUUGCAGCGCGUCUUCAACAGGUGUAAGAGCCAUGGCAUUGUCACUGCCGCGCAACACACGGAGUACAACCAAACGAUGGAGCUACGGGUGACGAAAGCCUUAAAGGAAGAGGAUUUGCUGACUGGUUUGUCCAAAGAAGAGACAGAGAAGAAGAUUGAGGAGAACUUGGUUGCUCUAACCCAGAGGCCCCAAGAUGUCAUGGCAUUGAUGAGCGACUUGAAGAUGUUUCAAGUGAGCUCAGUUUGGGCAGACUUUAUGACAUGAGCCACUGACUCUAGGAAACCAAAU